UCAAUCCCCUGUUUUUCUAGGUAAGGGCGCGCGAAGAUUUUUCUUUCGCUUUUGUGGCUAUGGCGAUACUUCAACCCAAUCCAAGUGCGCUGCUGCAAAUGCUUCGUCCUGCGCGGAGCAGCAGCGUCGCGGUGGGAAAUGCGAAUGCAAAUCCACCAAUGCAGCAGCAUCAGCAGCAGCAGCAGCAGUACGAGACCAUGAGAUUAGUGAUGGGGCGACGGGAGGCAUCGAUGUUUGCAUUGACGUCGUUGCUACUGAGCGGCGGAGUGAGAUUGGCGGCAGCGGCGGAGGAAGAGGCGCCGCUGCAACAAUUGCAAGAGACACAACAAGCAGAAGAGCUGCAACCGCAGCCGCAAGCGCAAGAAUGCGAGUGGAAGGUGAUGGAAUCAGGGCUGAGUUUCUGCGACCUUGUCGUGGGCACAGGCACAGCACCAGUCAAAGGGAACGUAAUUCGGUUACACUACCAGGGGAGGAGAGAAGAUGGGUUUGUUUUCGACAGCAGCUAUGAUCGGGGCGAGCCUUUCUCGUUUCAGCUCAACUCCGCGGGAGUGAUGAAGGGGAUCUAUGAAGCAAUCUUGGGCUCUGGCGAUGAAUUCCCACCAAUGCGGCCAGGAGGCAAGCGUAAAGUCCGUGUUCCACCGGAGCUUGGUUUUGGAAAGAACCCAGGAAUGUGCCCCAGAUUUUGGAGUGGACCAUGUACUGUACCAGCUAAUUCUGUGCUCCUGUAUGAUUUAGAGUAUUUGGGCUUGUGGAAAUUUGAGGAUGACACUCGCCCAUUCCAUUUGUUCACAUAAAAAUACACAAAAUCCUAAAUUCUACCUAGAAUAUUCUUAUUAA